CGGUUUUCCUGUUCUUUUUCCUACGUUCUGUUGUCUAUCGCGGGCCAGCCCAGUCUCCCCUGCCGAUAGUCAGUGGCUCCCAGGCUUGGAGGGAGCUCUGCCGGCGGGCCAGCCUUCCCCCCGCCAGGCGCCCCCCGCUGUCACCAGCUGUCACCGAGUCGCGGGACCCUUGGAAGAGCCAGAUCUGGAGGUACAAAAAGAAAACUUUGGCUCAGUUGGUCGGUACAAUUAAGAGCUUAGAAUGCCAGCAUUAUGCUAGACAAAGAACUACAUUUUCCAAAAGACUGUACGUCUAAAAGAGAAGCAGACAUGUCUUUGGAUGACAUGGAGAUGAAAACUGAUGACCUGUUAGAGAAGGAGCAGAUAGACAGUGGAGGGUUUGGGAUGGUAUCCUUGUGUUUUCAUAGAAGCCAUGGCCUUGUGAUCCUGAAAAACGUAUACACUGGACCCAAGCGCACUGAGUAUAAUGCCGCUCUCCUUGAAGAAGGGAAGAUCAUGCACAGGCUGAAGCAUAAUCGGGUAGUGAAGUUCCUAGGCUUUAUUUUAGAAGAUGGGAAUUAUUCUCUUGUAAUGGAGUAUAUGGAAAAGGGGAAUCUAAUGAAGGUGCUGAAGACAACUAGUAUCCCCUUGUCUGUGAAAGGGAGAAUCAUUCUAGAGGUCAUUGAAGGAAUGUGCUACUUACACAGAGAAGGUGUAAUUCACAAAGACCUAAAGCCGGAAAACAUCCUUGUGGAUGACGACUUUCAUGUUAAGAUAGCAGAUCUUGGUGUUGCCUCCUUUAAGACCUGGAGCAAACUGACUAAAGAGGAAAACAACAGGCAGAGGAAAAUAAAUACCACUGCUAAGGUGAACGCUGGCUGCCUGAGUACUGUGGCUAAGGCAAAUGCUGGCACCCUAUUGUACAUGGCCCCAGAACACUUGAACGAUAUCAACGCAAAGCCCACUGACAAGUCGGAUGUGUACAGCUUUGCCAUAGUGCUCUGGGCAAUCUUUGCCAACAAGGAACCGUAUGAAAAUGCUAUUUGUGAACGGCAGAUAAUAACAUGUGUUGGAAAUGGAAACAGACCAAAUGUGGGAGAAAUUGCUGAAAAGUGUCCAAAGGAGAUUAUUAACCUCAUGGUACGCUGCUGGAAUGGGAAUCCAGAUGAACGACCAACCUUUAGUGAAAUCGACCAAGAAUUCAGACCUUUCUACAUUGAACAAUUUGAAGAAAAGGUGGAAGAAGAUGUGAAGAAUUUAAAAAAAGCAUAUCCUGCUCCAAAUGAAGUAGUGAAAAAGAUGCAGUCCCUCCAGAUUGAUUCGGUACCAGUGCCCCCAAGCAGAACAAAUUCAGAACAGCCCAAUUCACUCCACAGCUCCCAGGAACUCAGGACUGGUUGUAUCGAUGAGUCCUUGUUUGCUCCCUACCCUGAGAACCAACCAGUGGAGAGUGAGGCCUCUCCUGAGGUACCCAGCCUACAAAGCAAGCUACAGGAAGAAGCAAACUACCAUCUCUUUGGCAGCCGGAUGGAUAAGCUGACAAGUAGUCAGUCUAGAUCUGUUGCAGCUAAAAGAGAAGAAGAAAGGAGACGAAGAGUCUCCUAUGACCCUUUCACAGCAGGGUCUGCUCAGCCUCAGAAGCAUGGGUUUUAUCAGAAUAUUUUCAUUUCUGGGAGGGGCUCUUAUCCUCCCAAUGCAAACAAUCACAGCAAUCUAUUACAGCAACCAGUAGAGUCAUCUACCCCUCUACAAGUACCACCGUUGAAUAACCAUCAAGUCUUUGUACCGAGGUCAACAUAUCCAAAAACAAACAAUAUCUAUGGACUAAAUCUAAGCACUGUAUCCACCCCCUUUAAAAUAUCUGUGCCUGAGUCUACCACAGGAGCAAACAUGUCAACUCUCCCAUUCAGUACAAUAGGUCAAGAAAAAGGCAUGGAAUCCAUGAUAAAGAAUUUCUCUUUUGUUCCUUCGUUUCCGGUAUCUACAACAGGCCUAGAAGACUCAAUAAAAUGCAAGUUCGUCAACAGUACUGGCAUUCAGAUUGGAAACAACAAUUACAUGGUGUUGGAUGACAGAAGUCUGCCUGUUGAAAACACAUCUACAAAUAUUCAACAAGAGCCAGAAUCCAAAUAUCUACAUAUAUUUGAAGAUACCACUAGCCUGCUUGAUAAACAUCUGGAUCCAGUAAGAGAUAAUCUUGGAAAGAUUUGGAAAAUAUGUGCCCGGAGGUUGGGCUUCACUGAAUCCCAGAUUGAUGAAAUCGACCAUGAUUAUGAUCGAGAUGGACUGAAAGAAAAAGUUUACCAGAUGAUCCAGAAGUGGCUGAUGAGGGAAGGCAACAAGGGUGCCACUGUUGGAAAGCUAGCCAGAGCCCUCUAUGACUGCCAGAGAAUAGACCUUCUCAAUACUUUGAUAUCUGUAAGCCAAGAUUAGCCUGAUGGGGGUAAAUGGAAAGAAAUGUAUCUAAAUGCCCUUUUCAUCUGUGCAACUCAUUGUGAAGUAUGCCGUCUGAACUACAUCUCUUCGAGAUCCAAGUCCUUUACCUGUCCAACUGCAUUCAGGAUGUUCAGAGACAGCCAUUACUGCUGAGUCAGUCAGACUGAUCCCAUCUUUCUACCUUGCCUGUUCUUUGGGGUAGGUGCCAGCCAGCUUGCAGGAAGGGGCAGCCUACAUGUGCAAUAAUGCCAACUCCUUAGCACUACUUUCAUCUUCCUAUGAUGCUGUAAUAGGAGAGGAGAUGAGGUGGCACUUCCAGGGGUGGGGAACCUGUGGCCUUCAGGCCACCCUUGAGGACCUAGAGGGCCACAUGUAGCCUCAAGGUCACAGGUUCCCCACCCCUGCACUAAUUCCAUCUCGUGCGUACCAUGUAUUGGUGCAAAUAUGUACCAUACAAGAUUGUCUUUCCCUUAUAUGGAAGUUUUUUACUUCUGUCUAUAAAAGUACUGGGCAGUUUGAAUUCAGGCCUACCCAAUGCUCCUGCCUUGGUGUGCUACAAUAAACUCCUUUUGUCUUAUUUCCUGAGUUUGUCCUCUCAAUCAUGGUGUGGCCCGAAGGGAGAUUUCCUUUAACAAUUGUCUCUAGUUAUUUGACAUACAUAGAAAGGAAAAAAGGAGAGUCUACCUUCUGGAAAGAACAUGCAUAAAUUUCUUAGAAUCAACCAAUAAGAAAAAGGCUGAAGUUUUUUUUUUGUUGUUGUUGUUGUUGAAGGUGAAGUUAAGAAUAAUAAAAGUUUAUUUAGGGGAAAAAGAGGAUUUGGAGAGUAGUAAAUGGCUUUACAACUAUUCACAAAACUUGUGUUCAAAUAUGUCAUUUACUAAAAGCUUAGUGUUUUGCUCAAGUAAGUAUAGCAAUAUGACUGAAGAAGUCUGGAUAAUAUAAACCAAACUUUUAGUUUUGUGCUCUCCUCAUCUCCAUACUUUUUUCACAAGUAGAGUGUAGUUUAGAAAAGAAAAAAAAAAAGGCAAGGUCUGAGUUUUCUACUAUGCAGCAUGACCUGAUGUAAACAUAAACAUCUGGUGAAAAUGUUUCCAGGGAAGGUAGGGUAACUCCACGAUCGACUGCAAGUUUCAAAGCUCCAUUAUGCUAUUACCCAGUGAGACUGGGAACAGAGUAGAAUUGCAGGGAGUCCUGCUUAUGGAUUUCAUUGAAUUCAUCUCCGAAUGCAGACCAGCAACCAACCUGGAAUUUAUCAUCUGAAAGAGUUGCCUGGAGUAUUGACAGGGAAAAUAACUUGUGCAGAGUUAUGUGUGUCAGAAACAGGAUUUGAAUACAGGAGUCCAAGGCUGUCUUCUAACCACUACACCAUACUCCUUGUCAUGAUAUAAAUGUUUGUUACUAUUGAAAUGAGACUGAAGAAUUCUGUAAUAAUAAAUGUCAUACCAACUUUU